UUCCUAUCUUCUGUAUUUGCUAUUUGUCGCUGAAACAUGAUGGAUGAUUAUAUUUGGGUCUUCCUUUGGCCUGUUUUUGGACUACUGCAGAAUGAGGUCUAUGGCGCCGAAGAAAUAGGAGAGUGUAUGAAUAUUACUAAUGACCUAAGUACAUUUUCUAGGUGCUGCAGACUGCCUGAAUUGGAACUAUCAGAAGAAAAAAAAGCUAUAGCUGAAUCAUGUCACAGGGCUACAAUUGCAGACCAGCCAGUGCCGUUUACCGAAGAAGAAGAAGAGGAAAUGUAUGAAUGUUUCCAAGAAUGUUACUUGAAUGCUACCAAUUGGUUGAAUGCUGAUUUGAAACCAGACGAGAACGUAAUAAUUGCGGAAUAUAAUGAAGAAUUGAAAAAUUUUCCUCAGUGGAAAGAAUCUAUUAUUCGGACUGUUCAAACAUGCAUUGCAAAUGAUUAUACAAAACCAGAGGCAAAAUGUAAGAGUGGUGCUUUCCAAUUUGGUAACUGUUUAGAAAGAAAUAUGUUUCUGAAUUGUCCUGAAGACAGUUGGCAGGGAACUGAUGAAAUAUGUGUCAACACUAAAAGAACUUUCGAGAAAUGUAUGAUAAAUUCGAACAAGUAUUGACAAUUGAUUAAUUACUGGUAAAUAUAAUAGUAUCUAUUACCAAUAA